UUUCUAAAACUGCUUCGUUUUCGUCGUCCUUUCCUUCUCUCUUAUCUUGUCUCCUCCAUAAAUAAUUCCCUCGUUACGAACUUUCCAGAAUUAUUAUAACCAGAACCCAAACCCAUCAAAACAAAUAUCUCCCAUUUUUUGUUGGUUAACAGUUAAUGCUAUGGCUCGGGCUCGGGCUCCCCUACCCACCGAGCAAAAUGGUGACACGCCUACCGUAGGAGACUCUCAAAGAUCUAUUCCGACACCCUUUUUGACCAAAACCUAUCAUUUAGUUGAUGAUCAUUCCCUUGAUGAUGUUAUUUCUUGGAACGACGACGGAUCUUCCUUCGUCGUUUGGAACCCUACCGUUUUUGCUAGAGAUUUGCUUCCUAAGUGCUUUAAACAUAACAAUUUUUCUAGUUUCGUUCGUCAACUUAACACCUACGGAUUCAAAAAAGUUGUACCUGAUCGGUGGGAGUUCACGAACGAAUGCUUUCGCAGAGGCGAGAAACAGCUUUUACGUGAAAUUCAGCGACGAAAGAUUUCGACAGCAACGACAACACAGUCACCAGUUAAAGCAGCGGCGGUUCAGGUGGUGAAAACGAUGGUAUCGCCGUCGAAUUCGGCGGAAGAACAAGCCACUUCGUCCAACUCAUCACAAGCGCGAACCGUUCAGACGUGUGGACAAGCCUAUGCUGAAAUAAUCGAAGAAAAUGAGAAAUUGAAGAAGGAAAAUGUACAGUUAAAUAAACAGCUGACAGAGAUGAAGAGUCUCUGCAAUAAUAUAUUUACUAUGAUGUCGAGUUACGCCAGUGCUCAAUCGGAUAGCGGUUUUCAGGCGAUGGAUUUGUUACCGACGAAGCGGUUUUCCGGCGAGGAGGUGAGUCCGAGGUUGUUCGGUGUGCCGAUCGGUGUAAAACGCUCGAGGGAAAGGGAAGGUGAAGUUGCGGGAACGGAGGAGGAUGAGACGCUGUUGAAGUUGCAGCUGCCAGGGGGUCAGGUGGUGAAAUCUGAGCCCUUGGAUUGUCAGAGAAGUGGUGAUGAUCACCGUAAUCAUCAAGACACGCCGUGGCUUAGGCAGAGUCACCGACCUAAUCAGAGGGUCUGUAACUGAUAAUCUUUAGGUUUCACUAGACGCUGAUCCGUUGAUCAGUGAAUCAUUGGAUUCAGAUAACGGCGUUAACUUAUGCCUGUAAUCUGUAGAGGAACAGACUCGUGGGUGCUGUGUCACGUGAUUUGUGGAAUAGCUACCAUUUUUUUUUUUUCUUUUUUUUUAAUAUUUGGUUUUUAUUUAGGCAAGGAACUUUAGCGGGGGAAAAAAAAAAGAAUAUGGAAAUCUUAAGUUGAUUCACGUGUUCUAAUGAAGGAUAUUAAAAUCGUCUUUCAUUUGUGUAUUUUUAUUUUUCUUUUUCAAAAUAUAAUUAAAUUAUUUAUCCAAA